AUGUUGCAGUCGACGAUCCUAACAAAUUUAGGGGACAAUGAACGCUGCUUGAAAAUAUUACACUUGAGCUAUAAGGAAUUGCCAGUUCAUUUGAAACUUGCUGAGGGAUUUCUAAAGCCAAUAAGUGGGAAAAGCUUUGAAGAGAUUGCAAAAGAGUACUUAAAGGACCUUAUAGGUAGAAAUCUCAUUUUGAUUCAUGAGAUGGGCAGUACUGGAAAUAUUAAAAGCUGCAAAGUUCAUGACUUGUUGAGAGACUUGUGCUUGAGACAAGCUCAGAAAGAAAGGUUUCAAACCGCUAGUCCUCAACGGAUGGUAAAUGGGAAACGCCGUGUUGUUACUUCAUCUAGAACGUUCCUUGAAAGCAUGCAUCGGUUUGUUAAUUCCCGGUGCCUUGCUUUCUCGGUUGGUGAAGGGUUCCUUUUCCCUGGUUCAAUCUGGCUAUUUUGGAAUCUACAAACAUUGAUCAUGCCACAUGUCAAAUGGCUUACUUUGCUAACUGAUAUUUGGCGCAUGCCUUUCAUUAGGCAUGUUCAGUUCGAACAACUCCAUCUCCCAGAUCCUCCCAGUGCUCAAGAAGGCACUGUUUCCGAAAAUCUGCAGACGUUGGUUGGAAUACAGAACUUUACGUGUAGCCAACGAGUGAUCAAGAGAAUUCCCAAUAUAAAGAAGUUGCAGAUAGCCAAUGCGGGACUUGAUCAUGACAAAUAUUGUCUGAGCAAACUUGAUCGUCUGGAUAAACUCGAGUCCUUGAACUGUAGUCUACAUGGGGAGGUGUAUCUGGUUAACUUCCCUCGGUCGCUCAAGAAGUUGUUUCUAUACAUUGACGAAUCCCAGUAUUGGGAUGAGAUAUUGGAUAAGAUAGGUGUAUUGCCCCAUCUUCAAAAGCUCACACUGUCAAAGGGGAGUUUCAGACAUGGGCAGUGGGAAACAAGUGAAGGCCAUUUCUCGAGCCUCAAAUCCUUAUCUCUUUACGAUUGUCCGAGUCUUGAAGUCUGGACAGCAGAAAGCUCUCACUUUCCAUGCCUUGAGAAACUUACUCUUUAUCAGUGAUUCAGUCGCCGUUUCUGUUGAAAGAAUUUCGAAGGAACAAGUGGAGUUAUACGGGGAAGCAGUCCUUGAUGUUCAAUUAGUUAGUUAGGUUUUAGACGAACGAUGAAGCAGUUGAGAAUUCGUUAAUGUUGUUUUAAAUACUUGUUCAAAGAUGAAGGUGGAUUUGUCUGGAUUGAUCAUACUUUUAGUUACAUUUCUAUUGCUUUGAGAAA